AAAAUGUAUGAUAAUAAGAAGACGAUAUUGUGAAUUUAGAGGUUAGGAUUUGGGAUUUGUUUAUUUUUGGAAAGAUCAUAGAUAUAAUUCAUAAAAUCUAUGGGAAAUAUUUAAGGCAAAUAAUUAUUUAUGAAAUAAAACUAUAUCACAAGCAUAUCAAAACAUGAUAGGUGUUCGUGUGAGUGCUUUUAAUGAAAAUGGAUUAGGCGAACCUGACCAAGAUGCUAAUUCUGCUCUAACAGAAUUGGAUAAAGGGCUGAGGUCAGCAAAAGUAGGAGAGCAGUGCGAGGCGAUUGUGCGAUUUCCAAAACUAUUUGAGAAAUUUCCAUUUCCUAUAUUGAUCAAUGCUUCACUUCUAAGACUAUCCGAUGUGUUUCGAAUAGGCAAUAAUUUUCUACGAUUGUGUGUUCUGCGAGUUUGUAUCCAGAGUGAAAAACAUCUGGAUAAAAUUUCAAACGUUGACGAAUUUGUGAAAAGAGUAUAUAGCGUUAUACACAGUAAUGAUCCAAUUGCGAGGGCUGUCACCUUGAGAAUUUUUGGUGCUGUGGCUGCUAUUAUUCCAGAGAGACAACAAAUACAUCACUGCAUAAGAAGUAGCUUAGACUCUCAUGAUAGUGUUGAAGUUGAGGCUGCUGUAUACGCGGCAAUACAGUUUGCUGCACAGUCUAAAUUAUUUGCAAUCAGUAUGUGCAACAAAGUUUCAGAUAUGAUUCAGGGACAGUCUACUCCAGCAAAUAUGAAAUUGCAGCUGAUCCCAAUUCUUCAGUACAUGCAUCAUGAUACAAAUACAGCUGCCAUGGUCAGAUCACUUUGUAUUGAACUUCUUCCAGGCUAUCCUGCUCAAGAAUUUGUUCUAGUCACUCUCAAUACCUUGACAAAACUUGCAGCUACAACUUUGGUGGAUAUCCCCAGUCAGAUACAUUUGCUACUGAAGUACUUGAAGAACGACCCGCGAUGGGAGGUAAAGUCAAAAGCUCUGCAGCAUUUGUACGAGUUGGCCAAGCCAGGGGCACAUUUGUGGCCACCGGGGUCAGUUGAGGAUAUCAUCGAUUACGUCUUGAGCUCGAAUCAGAAAAAAAUACUGUUGCCAGCUUUAAGAGUUUUGCAGGUCCUGGUUGAGUCUCCUAGAAUGUGCCACGAACAUCGUUCAUCGGGAUCAAAACUCAGAGAACUGUGCAGCAACCAUUGUUACUCCCCCGAACCUGGUGUUGCAGCCCAAUCGAUACAAAUACUUACGCAGAUACUCUGCUAUUGUUACAAAGAAAACUUGGAGACUGAUGGCGUUGACGAAGUGAUUGCGGCUUUGGAGACCCUGGUUCUGUUACUGACUUUCAUCAGCGAUAAACAUCCAACGCAGCUGAAAUUGGUUUUGAAGUGUGCUGUGAGACUGUGCGAAGCUAGACAGCAGUAUUGCGAGGUUUUCGUUGAGCUUUUAGGAACCAGACUUGACAAUAUUGACAGAGGACUUUUCUUUGACCUGUCGCGUGCAUUCGACACCAUAAAGCACGAGUAUUUACCAACCAAAUUAGAGGCAAUAGGUAUACGAGGCCCAGUUCAGCAGUGGAUCCUAUCAUAUAUAUCUAGGAGGACGCUUGAGGUGCAGAUUGAGGACGAGUUCUCUGAUAACUUUGACAUUACAAUUGGCACUCCCCAAGGUGGUGUCUUAGGCCCCUUGCUAUUUUUGCUUUAUGUGAAUGAUUUACCCACUCACAUUAAGCAUGGACAAACCUUUAUCUAUGCGGAUGAUACCACAGUUAUUGUUGUGGCUGACACCGCUACUGAAUUCCAAAAGAAAAUUAAAUUGGUNGGUGCCAUCGGAAGCCUUAAACCUGAAACCGUACUGCCCCUCGUGGACCCCAUCCUCAACUUGCUCACCGCCCUUUCGGAAGUUCCAAAUCCGACCCAACAUCAGACACACACGAAAACCAUGCUGUGCACUCUGAUUUUCCAAACCCUGUCCGGUUAUAAAUGGAACGAGGUCACUUUCAAUACCAUCCUUAAAGUCGUCUCCAGCAACAACCUGUGGGCCAACUAUUGCAUCGCCAGGGCUGCGGUAAGGUACGGACAUCAUCGGGUUGCUCAUCAUAUUUUCUCCGGGCUCACCGAACAAGUUAGCUCCGAGCAUUUUCACUUUUGGCUGGUUUGCUUGAAGGAGAUGUCUCAAGCAGAGGCCCAGCUGUAUAGCGAAGAGACUGAGAGCCUUGUCAGUAGACUGGAUAAGGCUAUUUUCCACUAUAAUAAGGCGAUAGCUGCUUUGAAGGUAAUUUUAUAUUUUGUUUCCGAAGUAAUAGUUCUCAAUCGCUUACUGACAUCAUAUAGUAAUGAGCUAAAAGGAAGCAAAAAAUUAAACAUUGAACUACAAAAACAAGUGGAGAUCCUGAAAAAAAUCGUUGAGCUAUUAGCAAACGCAUCUUUGCCGAUUCCAAAGUAUUUCUUCCAAGUUCUUCAGUCGACCAGUGUAAAACUAGCAAUUUCUCCCCAACCUCGGGUUUUGGGCGAAUUCAUCAGCGUCCAGGCUGGAUCUCAGUUGGCUGUUAAAGUCGAGGGAGUAAUACAGCACGGUAUGAAGCCCGGAUUGUUCAGGAGGAUAGAAGAAGUUGUUAUUACUGUCACUUCGCAGCUGCAGAAUAAUCCAAAAAAUAAGGAGGUUCUGGAUCCCAAGCUCCUGGAACAAGUAUCUGUCUUGACUCAAACGGUGACGCCCCACAAGGACUUCUUCAGAGCCCAAUUUUUGCUAGCGUUUCCAAGAGGAGGGCAGUACCUCUUGGUAGUAGAGGCGUCGGUGAUUGAUGAACGAAGUAACACUUGGAAAACGGGUCCCAGGUCGACUUUGACCGUUAAAGUUCCCGAAGAAACUAAACUUGCGCCUAUAGCAGUACCAGGCAUGGCCAGCAAUGCCAACGUAAUUCUUAUGCCUGAGGACAGUCUAUUUGUUCGACCCCAACAGAAAAAGUCUACCUAGAAAUAAACACUCAAUUUUUGUAAAUAUUUAUUGUUAAUUUUUAUAUUGUAAAAUUACAAAAAUAUUUUGUUUCAACAACCAUAUGUAUUGAAUUAUACAAAAAAUAAAAUUUCAAUAAUAACAAUUUGUAGAAAUUCAGCCUGACAAAUGCCCGCCGAAGCCUUGCAAAUGAUACAAAUCCAUAGAGAAAUCAUAACACGAGAGGGUACAGUUAUGAACCAGUAACAUUUGCUGGAAUUACUGCAUUUUCAGAAUAGAAUUUCACAUUAAUAAUUAGAUGUAAAACAAAAACAACAAACCAUGUCCAUAAACGUAAUUUUGAAUCGAAUUGACCCAAUAACAAAUGUCUUGUUCAAAACGCUGUCCUCAGCUACACCUAUAGAAAAAAGUUUGCUCUCAUUAAUUUUGUCACUUUAGUAAGGUGUCCAUUUGCGGAACCAGUAAAUUUUGAAUUGACGUAAACUGAUUACAAUUCGGUAUGGCAUCACAAAAAAGCAAAAAAAAA